AGGCCCCGCCUCUAGGUCGAUCUGUUUUCCCCGCCCCGGCACCCGUGGAGACCGCAAAGGCGGCGGCGGUGCACGAAACUUGACGCGAUGGGGCUUCCAGAGGAGCGUGGCCGGAGCAGCAGCGGGAGCAGGGGCCAGGAGGAAGCUGGAGCCGGAGGCCGGGCGCGGAGUUGGUCUCCGCCGCCUGAGGUCAGCCGCUCCGCGCACGUCCCCUCGCUGCAGCGCUACCGCGAGCUGCACCGGCGCUCUGUGGAGGAGCCGAGGGAGUUUUGGGGAGACAUUACCAAGGAAUUUUACUGGAAGACUCCAUGCCCUGGCCCAUUCCUCCAGUACAACUUUGACGUGACUAAAGGGAAAAUCUUCAUUGAGUGGAUGAAAGGAGCAACUACCAAUGUCUGCUACAAUGUACUGGAUCGAAAUGUCUAUGAGAAAAAACUUGGAGAUAAAGUUGCUUUUUACUGGGAGGGCAAUGAACCAGGGGAGACCACCCAGAUCACAUACCAUGAGCUUCUGGUCCAAGUGUGUCAGUUCAGCAAUGUUCUCCGAAAACAGGGCAUUCAGAAAGGUGACCGAGUGGCCAUUUACAUGCCUAUGAUCCCAGAACUUGUGGUGGCCAUGCUGGCGUGUGCCCGCCUUGGGGCUUUGCACUCCAUUGUGUUUGCAGGCUUCUCUGCAGAGUCUCUAUGUGAAAGGAUCCUGGAUUCUGGUUGCAGCCUUCUCAUCACUACAGAUGCUUUCUACAGGGGGGAAAAACUUGUGAACCUGAAGGAGCUGGCUGACGAAGCCCUGGAGAAGUGUCAGGAGAAGGGUUUCCCAGUGAGAUGCUGCAUUGUGGUCAAGCACCUGGGGCGGGCAGAGCUGGGCAUGGGUGACUCCCCCAGCCAGUCUCCCCCAAUUAAGAGGCCAUGCCCAGAUGUACAGGGUAAGCUGAAAGAGAAAUCCAAGCGUGUCUGGCCCCAGAUCCCAUGGAACCAAGGGGUUGACUUGUGGUGGCAUGAACUCAUGCAAGAGGCAGGGGAUGAGUGUGAGCCUGAGUGGUGUGAUGCUGAGGACCCACUCUUCAUCCUGUACACUAGUGGCUCCACAGGCAAACCCAAGGGUGUGGUUCACACAGCUGGGGGCUACAUGCUCUAUGUGGCCACGACCUUCAAGUAUGUGUUUGACUUCCACGCAGAGGAUGUGUUCUGGUGCACAGCAGACAUUGGCUGGAUCACUGGCCAUUCCUACGUCACCUAUGGGCCACUGGCCAAUGGUGCCACCAGUGUUUUGUUUGAGGGGAUCCCCACAUACCCAGAUGUGAGCCGCCUAUGGAGCAUUGUGGACAAAUACAAGGUGACCAAGUUCUACACAGCACCCACAGCCAUCCGUCUGCUCAUGAAGUAUGGAGAUGAGCCUGUCACCAAGCAUAGCCGGGCAUCUUUGCAGGUACUAGGCACAGUGGGUGAACCCAUCAACCCAGAGGCCUGGCUGUGGUACCACCAGGUGGUAGGUGCCCAGCGCUGCCCCAUCGUGGAUACCUUCUGGCAAACAGAGACAGGUGGCCACAUGCUGACUCCCCUCCCUGGUGCCACACCCAUGAAGCCCGGUUCUGCUACCUUCCCGUUCUUUGGUGUAGCUCCUGCAAUCCUGAAUGAGUCUGGGGAGGAGUUGGAAGGUGAAGCUGAAGGUUAUCUGGUGUUCAAGCAGCCCUGGCCAGGGAUCAUGCGCACAGUCUAUGGGAACCAUGAACGCUUUGAGACCACCUACUUUAAGAAGUUCCCUGGGUACUAUGUUACGGGAGAUGGCUGCCGGCGGGACCAGGAUGGCUAUUACUGGAUCACUGGCAGGAUUGAUGACAUGCUCAAUGUAUCUGGACAUCUGCUGAGUACAGCGGAGGUGGAGUCAGCACUUGUGGAACAUGAGGCUGUUGCAGAGGCAGCUGUGGUGGGCCACCCUCAUCCUGUGAAGGGUGAAUGCCUCUACUGCUUUGUUACCCUGUGUGAUGGCCACACCUUCAGCUCUACCCUCACCGAGGAGCUCAAAAAGCAGAAUCUCACUGUUACCCUCAUUCUAAAGAUGAAGAAACUGAGACUCAAAGGAGUUAAAUCACUUACCCGUGGCCAUACCACUAGAAAGUUGGGAUUUAAACUAGCAGUUAGAGAAAAGAUUGGCCCCAUUGCCACACCGGACUACAUCCAGAAUGCACCCGGCUUGCCUAAAACCCGCUCAGGAAAAAUCAUGAGGCGAGUGCUUCGGAAGAUUGCUCAGAAUGACCAUGACCUAGGGGACACAUCUACUGUGGCAGACCCAUCUGUCAUCAAUCACCUCUUCAGCCACCGCUGCCUGACCACACAGUGAAUAAGAUCCUGUCCUUUACCGAGGAUUCCCCCUGCUUGGCUCUCCAAAGUUUUGCCUAUCCUCUUUCCCCUGCCCCAGAAGUGCUGAAGGCCAGGGCUGACCCACACUACACCUCCCUUGACCAGCUCUCUGGGACUGGAAACCAGCUUUGUCCCUAUAUGGAGACAACUUUCUUCGACUGACAGUCAGAAGGGACAGGGCCCAGGUCAGCCUCAGACUGCUAUGUCCCCAGACUGCAGAGUUCUCACAGCCCAGAACAGGGAUGUAAAGGCUACCUCUCCAAACCAAGUUAAGUGUCCAGAGGGUAUGUGAGGGCCCAGACUGAAGCAGGGAGACAGCUGUGUAAUCUUGUCAGCUCUCUCAGGAAGCACCAGUACUUAUACUGGGCAUGCACUUGCUCUUAGACACAAUGGUUUGUGAGUUCAGGAACAAUUUAUUAUUUUUAAAAUAUUUUGCUGCUUCUGUUCAGGGCCUGAAUUCCCUUUUGUGCCAGACGACAGUACUGUCUGCCAGGAGCUGUAUGGACAGGUUCAGUCUCCAGACGGUUUUCAGAUCAUCUUUUUCUUUGAAGGAGUAGAUACGUUUUUUCCUAGAGCCAGCGGAGCUUGUGUUCCUUGUACUGUUCCUACCCUCCCCUGAACAGAGCCCUGCCCAUGAGACACUCUCAGAUGAAACUCUUUUCUUGCCCUAGUCAUGCUCAAGCCCUGUGGUUGUAGGAAUAAAGUCUGUGACCUCAA